AUGGCCCAGAACGCUGCGACGGAUGGCACUGUUUCAAUGCCGCGGCUCGAAGACCUCCUCCGACAUCCAGAAGAUCUCGACAAAAUCACCGGUCUCAAAGCCGAAUACCUGCGCAAGAAGACCGCCGUUGACUCCCGGCUGCGCGAGGGCCUACGAGACCAGCUUGAAGCUGUGCAGCGCGGCAUUGCCAUCCUGACAGAGGGCCAGCGCCAAGUUGCCAAGACAAAGGAUGAGCUCCAGGGCAUCGAUAAGCUGUGUGCAGAAUCGCAGGACAGCGUAGAGGACUUUGCGCAGAUUGACAAGUUAGCACGGAUUCAGCGACACUUCGAUGCUACCUUAAUGAUGAAGAAGGGGCUCGAGAGUUUCAGCGCAGACCUACAGGAAGUGGAGGAGUUGCUUAGAGAGGAUGAUGAGGAUCUCGAGACUCAGCCGAACCUCCUCCGGGCCCAUAUGCAGAUCUCUCGGUUGCGGGACUUCCGGGAUGAGGCUAUGGAUCAGAUUCGGAAGGCAGAUGAUGCUAGCGCAACGCAGACGUUGCUUGAGUAUUUCGACGGUCUGGACUCGGUUAUCGAGUUGUUUGAUGAUCAUCUCGGCGCUGCCUGUAUGAAUUUGAUUCCGUUGGUCCAAGAGGAUAAUAAGAGUUUGGUGGUACGAUUGGCGGUCAUUGUGCACAAUGAGGAGAAGAACGAUGAUACCGUACGAGCCCUGCAGGAAGCGCAGAAGGACCACAAAGAUUUAGCCAAUCGGUUCAAGUCUAUGAGGAUUGGCCCUAAGACAGUCCGCGGCUACAAGGAAAAGUUCCUCGAGGCUAUUGAGUAUUACGCUCGCAAUCAGUUUGAACAGACCAAGGAGAAGUUCCUUGCUGAUCCAGACCGUCUGGAGAAGAGCUUCCGCUGGUUCUUUAAUGAUCUCUUCACAGUCCAACAGGGAAUGCAGAACCUGGUUCCGAAAAAGUGGAAGAUCUACAAAACCUAUACCGAUAUAUAUCACCGCAUGAUGCAUGAUUUCCUCAUUGAGUUCAUUGACGACCCUGACGUUCCAGCCGAUAAUCUUCUGAGGAUCAUCCACUGGAGCGAUAGAUACUACAAAAAGAUGAAGAAACUUGGUUGGAACCCGAGUGACCUUCAACCUAACAUACUGGAUGAUCGUGAACCAGAGCUCAUCCGACAAUGGCAAAGUGUUAUCAUCAAUGCCGUUGAGGAAUGGAUGGACCGCAUCUUCGAGACAGACAAGAAAAGCCUCAUGGAUCGACAGCCAGAUGCCCUGGAUACAAAUGCAGAUGGCUAUUUCCGCACAAAGACUCUCCCAGAUAUGUGGCGUAUGCUUAACGAGCAGAUUGAGGCGGCCAAAGCCGCGGAGCGGGCGGAUGUCGUGGAGGGUGUCAUUGAUGCCAUGUUCCGAUCCCUGAAGAGUCGCCAAGGAGCAUGGCAGUCACUUCUAGACGAAGAAUGCGUUAGACGCAGAUCACCAGGCAACGAUCAAGCCGAGGGUGUGCAGCUUCUUCAGGACUGGUUGAUUGGUGUGGCAAAUGACCAGAUUGCUUGUAUCGACGAUAACGAGGAAACCGGUCAAAUGGGCUACCUGUCACGUUUCAAGGCCGACUUUGAGCCACUAGUGACACCUAAAUACAUGGCGACCCAUGCAAACGCCGAGCUUGCGGUGCUACGUGAUGGAUACGUUGACUUAAGUACACAUUGUCUUGCGCAGUUUGUGACUAUUGUUUUUGAAGUGGAUCUCGCAAGUGUCUUCCCUGACUUGUUCACGGCGAAGUGGUAUGGCGAGUUCGCUAUUAAACGGAUCACAUCCACAUUCGAAGACUAUAUGGCUGAUUACAGCCCUGUUCUACACCCGUCAUUGAUCGACAUCCUGGUCGAGGAACUAUCAGACGAGCUGCUUGUGCGCUACCUAUCAUCUGUCCGCAACAAGGGUGUCAAGUUUCGGCGCAACGUCGAUCCCUUCACAGAAAAGUUCAAGGACGACGUCCUCACGGUCUUUGCCUUCUUCCAGAAAUACGAAGAUUCCUUCGAGGGAACCAUCAAACAGAAAUGGCGCCUUGUGAAUUGGCUGGUACAACUUCUCGAGGCUGAGAAGGGCCCGCCUUUGAUCCUUGUAUAUGAGUCAUUUAAGCUAGAGUACUGGGAUCUCCAACUCUCAUGGGUUGAGGCUGUCGUGCGCACCCGUGAUGACUUUGACCGAAGCAUGAUCAAUGGCAUCAAGGCCAAGGCCGCCGAAAUAUCCGUCGAACGUGGCAUGGAGACUAUCAUGAGCCGUGUGAGAUGA